AUGUCGAAGCUGACGAUAAGCGAGAACUUGAUAGCCAGCGGGAUUGCGGUGGUCGGUGCCACGGUGGUCACACAUCCCAUCGACGUCGUGAAGGUGCAGCUCCAGCUCUCGGCCAAAGAUGCCCAGGCGGACUCCUUCAGCAUCCGGCGCUUCGUGAGCUUCUGGGGGAAGUUCCAGUCCAGGGUGGGCCUGCCAGGCCUCUUCUCGGGCGUGCGAGCCGCGGGCCUGCGGGCGGCCACCUACGGCUCUGUCCGCAUCGGCCUCUGUGAGCCACUGCAGCAAGCAGCGGGCAACAAGACCCAGGGCGCCUUGGCUGCUGGCGUGCUGGCGACGGUGGUCGGGAACCCUUUCGAAGUCUUAAAAGUGCGCCUCCAAGCGCGGCCGGGUGCAGUUGGAGAGCUGCAGCUUCUUCGAAGCAUGUUGCAGGAGGACCUUGUUGAAGGCAUCGCAGCCUUCGGGAGAGGCUUCGGCUGGGCGGCAGCACGAUCUGCGCUGUUGACGGCAAGCCAAGUCGUGCCAUACGAAGCUCGCCAGCAACCGUGUCACCAGCUUGCCCAUGUGAAGUAG